AGAGAAAAAAUAUUUAAAAAAUACCCUGAGAACGUAGAUCUUAGAUCUACGAAAUAGCCUAAGAACUGAGAUCUUAGCCUGAAAAUUGGAGUCUUUUCUAAGAGAAAAUAGAGAAAAUGGGCCAAGUUUUCAUGAAAAUCAAACAGAUGGUUGGAAGACUUGAGCUGAGCAGCAAAACAGAGAGGUUGUCGAGAGUCAGAGUGAAGUCCUCGGUGAUCAGGAGGCUAAGCUACAGACACUUGAAAAAACCGUGCAACAUGCCCAUGAUGCUUUGCAGGCGUUGAAGGAACCUGAAACAACACAAGAACUGCAAUGUGAGCCCGAUAAACUCGUAAAUGAUACACCACUCGUUAAGAUGUUGGACUCGAUUUUUUCUGAGGAAAGUACUAACUCCGACAAUAAAUCAAUACAACCAUCUGCACUAUUACAAGAGCAUUCGCAAACACUACAUGAACACGAAGAGAGACUAAACACAGCCAUGGAAAAAAUACAGAACGUAUGGGACUCGUUAAACAAAGGUCCAGCAAGUAGCAUGGUCAGCAUGCAGCAAGAGCUCGCUCAGCUCAAGAGUCUACUGGAAUCUCUCCGCCAAAAACACGAUGCGCUGAAGACAGAGAAUAAUGAUGAAUUACAACUUCAGCAGAGACUUCUCGAUAACUUGUUUUCAGGCUUCGUUGUGGCUUUCGUUUUACUUGUGUUUAUUUGCAUGUUUCACAAGUAAAAAUAUCAAAAUCAAUAAAAAUAUAAUAAUAGUACUACUUUGGACGUUUCGUAAUGGAGAGCAAAGUUACUUUAGCCGUCAAUUUCGUCUUAGAGGCUGUGUUAAAUAUACCUUAUCCUCGAUAACAAAUAAAUUUCUUAAGGAAAGUUUCGAUCAUUUUGGUAAUAAGACCUUGUCCGAUGAUAGGUGUAGGUUAAACUUAUCGUUAUCGUUGGGAUACCUGUGAUAAUAAAGUCACGUGACGUGACGUGUCUUGGCCAAGAUGGCUAGCGGCUA